ACUAUAGUGAAAAGUCAAAACAAACUAUCGUCUGAUUCAACACAGAGAUUCAAAUCAAAACAUGAAUUCAUCGGAGUGUUUGUGGCUUUUCAGAAUUUUGUUAGCUUUAAAGAAGUAAAAAGACGAUUAAUACUUUCGUUAAGAAUUUUAUAUGAAACUCUACUUAUUAUCUAGUUUAAUCAAUCAACCAGACCCAUAUUUUCAACAGACAAUGUGAGAUGGUGAUAACAUAAAGAACACUCGGCUAAGUUUGUUGUGGGCUUCUUCUUAGACCAAGAAUGAAUAAUAAUAAAAUAUUUAUCUAUGGUAUAGAAAUUUUAUUCGCCCUUGGGAUAUCUUUAGGAUCGCAAAGUUUAAAUUUUGAGAAUUUACACAAAUGGGUGGUUAUUAUUGCUCGCUACAUAGCCUAUAUAGUUAUCAUAAAGGGCACGCACGAAGCUUGUGUUCUCGGCUACAGCGUGUUCCAUACUCGCGACAAACUGGACGUCAAGGUUAUAUGGAAGCGAUGCAAGACAUACGCUAUGGUGCUCGCCGCGGCAGUCGCCUGCGUGGCGUACCACAAGCAGAGGGUACUUGGCGAGGACUUCCUGUUGCUGUUUAUUGCGCACUUAGUCACUAAGUACCCGGAAAUGGAGCAAAUAUCCUGUGUAAUAAACUACGGAAUGGGAAUGGCGUACAGUUUCUACGAGGGCUACCUCGCCCAGAUCAUCCCCAGCGACGGCGCUCGCUUCGUGGGCUUCGAGGAGAACAUCAACACGUACGAGGCGAAGCAGGGUGUGGUGUUCCCGGUGAAGAGGCUGUUCAUAGUGAUCACCAAGUCACUCUACUGCCCGCCGGAUUUGAAACACUUCAAUAAGAGCAACCGGGAUCUGCCGUAUUUGGAAGCGUGCAAGGUUAGUGAUCAGUCUCUGGAGGACGUGGAGAAGGACGUGGCUGGCGUCAAGAACCGCACGUACCGCAAUUCCGCAUACGUCAUCUACCGGCAGGGCCGGCGGCCCGUGUACCUCUCCGUCGAGUGUGCAACCCCACUGCACACUCUGUACCGGGUGCUGCAGAAGAAGACCAUCUACGAAGAGCUCGCGCACGUGGAGCCCGCAGAGCUGGUGAACGACUUCUGUUCCACUCUGCGCUCCAUCGUGCAGAAGAACCCGGAGAGCCGCGACAAGUGCGAGCUGGUGUUCUACGACGAUUUGGACCCGACUCAAAAUCUGGCCGACAUCCUUCUGGACAAGAUCCGCGAACUGGAGCCCGAUUUUGAAAACAUUAUCAACAGGAGAGAAUGAUACACUUAUUUUUAUAAAGAGCCUACAGAUUUCACUGUAGCUGGCGCUAGAUUUGCUGUUUUGUCGAUCUACGCUCCUAAUCGAAGGUCGAUUGCGCCUUUCGAUACCCUAUAACGUCAGCCUAAAAUGGUAUUUAUGCCGCAUGUUUUAAAGCUCAAAUUCGUCAAGCUAGUGCUCUUAGCCAAAAAGUAACAGGAUUACACAAUAAUCAACUCUAAAACUACUUUGCUUAGGUUAAUUUCACUUUGUCGUUACAAUGUUUCUAUUAUAGAAAACGACUUCACGAACAAACAUGCAAAUCAUUUACAAAGACUGGUGGACUGGUGGUGGAAAACCGCUUGGCGGUAUGUGUUUCUUGGUAGUAACUAGCCACUGCCGAAACCUCCCACCGAGCCAAUUUUGAAAUAUCGGUCGACAAAAAUAAUGUCGAUCAUAAUAUCUAUAAAUCUGUUGAUAACUCAAUUAAUCGCGAUGACGUGUCGAUCGUUAAAAACCAAGCAUAUCUGUAGACACUUUUAGUUUUAAGUGAAAUACUUCGUAAAUUUUAUGUUUCGGUUUCUAUGAGAGACUACUUUUUUUUAUAUAUUUGACAUUUCUUUUAUUUGUAUGCGUUGCCCGUGACAUAGUCAUGGGUUUUAAUAAUUGCUUAAGUUGGGGCAGUAUUUUUUUUGGGAUACUCUAUGUACUCUACUUUAUGUAGAUUUUAUCUGUAAUCAACCGGCGUGCUAAGUGAGAUUUUACUACCUACGUUUACUUUAAAGUUUUGUACGAUUACUAUCGUAACGACAGAGCGUCAUCUAGCGAAAAUACUGUUUGCCAGUAUUGUGUCUAGAUGGCGCUCACACUGGUCACUCAGUUUGGUAUUUUUGUACAAUCAUAGUUAACAACUCCUCCACUCGACGAGAAGUUCGCAAGACAAAAUAAGUAGUUAUAUUUUUUGAAUGACAAAGACAAGAUUAUUUUUCGAAUUUCUUUUUAUAAUGAUUUUUAAUGUUUAUUCCAUGUCCAAUUUUUGAAGUUAAACUUCUUAGACUAUUUGUUAUUUCUUUUUGGACUUCUUUUCGGAAAGAGAGAGUCUAUUAUAUAAUUCGUAUACAUACAAUGUAUACGAUUUACAGACAUUAUUAAUUUUAGAAAGGAGAACAGUGCCAUCUCUUCUCAUACGUAUUAAGACCAUGCUAGAACACUGAAAUAUUUACCUACCUUGUCUAAUCAUUUCAAGCGGCUUAUAAAAAUAUAUUAUCUGUUCGUAUUAAUUUUAUCAAGAAAAGAACCAACUUGGUUAUAAAGUUUCAACUUGGUACCUAGAACCAUUACCGAGGAAACGGCGAACUGAAACAGAGUGAUUCCAUGCGAGAUUCGGAUUUGAUUCCUCUUGUGAAGAAACUGGCCAAGUGCGAGUCGGAAUUCUGUUGACGUUUGUUAAAUAUACAGACGGACGGACAGCGGAUGCUUAGCAAUAGGGUCGCAUUUUACUUUUUGGUACGGAACCCUCAAAACUGACAAGUGUGAGGCGAUAGUUCUAUGAGAGGAAACAUAGUUAUAUAUUGAGCGUACCGCUUCUUUAGUUAGAUAGUAGAUAAGCUAUGAUAAGUAAAUAAGCUUAUAGUAAACUUGCAGGAAAAGAGAUAAAAUAUUUUAAGUAGUAUUGUAUUUUUAUACCAAAUAUUACUUAUAUUUUAAUAAUAAUUGAACAUUGAAAUUGAAAUUGAAGUUAUUGCUUUAAAUAUAUCUAAAAUAUUUAAAGCAAUAACGUUUAAAGAACGCGCUUGAAACAAUGAAUACAUUUUAAAAGUAAGAAACGUGGGUUUCAAAAUUUUCUACAUUUACUUUUUUUUAUUGGACUAAGCUAACUUUUAAGUAUUUUCAUUUAGGUAACAACUGAUUGUAAUUUGAUUGUUUAUUUUAUGUUUCUGAUAUUAUACAGAAAAACAUGACUUCCAAUGUGAUAGUUAUAUUACAUAAUGUUGAAAAAUAAUGAUGAAAGGAUAAAAUAUUGAAAUUGAUGGUUUUUUUUGUACUUUUUCUAGCGUUCCCCAGAGACAGUGGCGGGCAGGUGGAGGAAGGGAGGGGCGAUAUCUUUCUAUCUCAUUCGCACGAUAAACAAAUGUCGUAGAUUUAGGCCGACUUUUAUAAACGCAUUGUUUAAUGG